CAAGGAGAGGCUUUUCGGAAGGUACAGAACGCGUGCGCGAAGGAGGCCCCAUCCGGGAUGCCGUACCUCCAAGAGCUGUGGCAUCGUAGUCCCCAGGGACUUCUUUCAGGACGCGCAGAAACCACCUCCUCCUCUCCCUCCAUGGUAAUGGCACAAAGGGACAAUUUUCUUCCUCCUGCUGUGAAUGACUGCCAAGAAAGGAGGCAAAGAAGGUAGAGCAGUUGGACUUCUGGCCCUGCGGGUGGCUUUGGAUCCUCAGACCUCAUUAAACCCCUUUCUGAGCCUGACUACGAAGCCCAUCCAAACAAAUGAUCUUGAGUCAUGAAUGAGAACGCUCCCUCUUUGCACGCUGACAAAGGAUUAAAAGACGGACAGGUUGAAAGAGUAUCUGCCGGUUAUUCAUCAUAUGACAAGGACACCAGUGCUGCUGUGGAUUUCAGAGGAAUUCCUAUCUCAGAGCUGAAGAAUCGUGGCAUUCUCCAGGCCUUGACAGCAGAAGCUAAUGGAUGGGAGCCAAGUGGUGUGAGCACCGAGGUGCUCAGAGCCCAGGAAGAAUGGGAAGCUGUGGAAACCAUCCAGCCAGACACAGGUCUCUUUCCUUUUGCUCCAGAGAGUCCAGCCAACUCAGGGCAGCCUGGACAACUUGUCUCCUUUGGUGAGGCUCUGCAGCAUUUCCAGACUGUGGACCUCUCCAUCUUCAAGAAAAGAAUCCAGCCAACCAUUCGAAGAACUGGGCUCGCUGCCCUCCGGCAUUACCUCUUUGGGCCUCCAAAGCUCCACCAGGGCCUCUGGGAAGAAAGAGACUUGGUCCUAACCAUUGCUCAGUGUGGCCUGGACAGCCAAGAUCCAAUGCAUGGCCGAAUCCUCCAGACCAUCUAUAAGAAGCUAACUGGCUCCAAAUUUGAUUGCGCGCUCCACGGAGACCACUGGGAGGACCUGGGCUUCCAGGGAGCAAAUCCAGCCACAGACUUGAGAGGGGCAGGCUUCCUUGCCCUCCUGCAUCUGCUGUACCUGGUAAUGGACUCAAAGACCUUGCUGAUGGCCCAGGAGAUUUUCCGUCUGUCUCAUCAUCAUACCCAGCAAUUCCCUUUCUGUUUGAUGUCCGUGAACAUCACCCGUAUCACUAUCCAGGCCUUGAGGGAGGAGUGUCUCUCCAGAGAGUGUAAUCGGCAGCAGAAGGUCAUCCCCGUGGUGAACAGCUUCUACGCUGCCACUUUCCUCCGCCUGGCUCACGUGUGGAGGACCCAGCAGAAGACCAUCUUAGACUCCGGCUUUGUCCUCAAAGACUUGGAAGUGUUGGCCAAGAAGAGCCCACGGCGCCUGCUCAAGACACUGGACAUGUACCUGGCACAGGUGUCCAAAGGACAGGCCUCUUUGUUAGGGGCACAGAAGUGUUCUGGGCCACAAGGCUCUCACUCCAAGGAUCUCACCUUCACAGGUGUAUGUGACCUGCAGCCUCACUCUGAAAGCACAGGGCUGAUCUGACGAAACUCAAAGAACCACUGGGAGAAAGACUUGAAGGUUGGGCCAUGGGGCCUUUCAGAGGCUGUGUAAUAAGGCAUGCCUGGAGGCCUUUGGCUGGGUCAAUCCCUUUCCAGCUUCCACAGUGAGAUUUGGAAGUUCUUGGUCCUUCCCAACUUGAGAACCCCAAGUUCCCUGCCAGCGUGGCUAGAAUUACCUCCCUUGCCAUCUCAUGAACAAGGAGUCUUCAGCCCAGUGUUGAGCUCCCUGUAUCUCAGUGGGAGUGAACAGAUCAUGAGGUGGGACAGCCCUGUCUGGACACUCCACACAUCGCAGCAGACAGAAUUCCAACUCCCUAACAGCAAUCUUGCUCUGGUAUCUGUAGUUGGAAUUGGAAGGAAAGUCACAGCAGUGGCCUAGCCAGCAGGGGGCAGCAUAGCCCAGAGGUAGCCACCAAUUUGGGUGGAGCAGGGACCUAUGUCUGCUAGCCACCAGGGUUAUCCAGGCCUUUGGGGCUUCUGGGCCUUACACUUGUCUCAUCCUCUUUUCCCCUUGCCAUUCCUUCCAUUAUUUAUGAUCUAGAAGUGACCAUUUGGCUAGCCUAAGCAUCUCCGUAUGAGUUCCAUCCUCACCCACAAGCUGGGCCUCUUGUGAAGACUGCACAGCCUGGCUGAGGGAAAGAGACAUUCACUUAAACACACCAGCAGUUUUAGAAUAAAGGAAUUGUUCUAGUUUGCUAA